UGUGUAACAGAGCCUGGAGCAGGCUCUGAUGUGGCUGGUAUAAAAACAAAGGCUGAGAAGAAAGGAGAUGAGUAUGUUAUUAAUGGCCAGAAGAUGUGGAUCACAAACGGUGGGAAAGCAAACUGGUAUUUUUUGCUAGCUUGUACCAAUCCAGAUCCAAAAGCUCCUGCAAGCAAAGCCUUUACUGGAUUCAUUGUGGAAGCAAACAGCCCUGGAAUCCAAAUUGGAAGAAAGGAAAUAAAUAUGGGUCAGCGCUGCUCUGAUACCAGAGGUAUUGUCUUUGAAGAUGUACGAGUUCCAAAAGAAAAUGUAUUAAUAGCUGAGGGAGCUGGCUUUAAAAUCACAAUGGGAGCUUCUGAUAAGACCAGACCACCCGUAGCAGCUGGUGCUGUUGGGUUAGCAAAAAGAGCACUCGAUGAAGCUACUAAAUAUGCUUUCGAGAGGAAAACCUUUGGGAAACGAAUUGGUGAACACCAAGCGGUGUCUUUCAUGCCUGCUGAAAUGGCAAUGAAAGUGGAACUGGCUAGGAUGGCUUACCAAAGAGCUGCAUGGGAAGUCGAUGCUGGUCGCAGGAGUACCUACUACGCUUCCAUUGCAAAGGCAUUCUCAGGUGAUGUUGCAAACCAAGUAGCUACAGACGCAGUGCAGAUUUUUGGAGGAAAUGGAUUUAAUACUGAAUAUCCUGUAGAAAAACUCAUGAGAGAUGCUAAAAUCUACCAGAUUUAUGAGGGAACUGCUCAGAUUCAAAGGAUGAUCAUAGCUCGCGAACACGUUGGCAAAUAUAAGGCUUAAAGAAAUGCAUCAAGCACGUCUGGCACUGCU